AUGGGCUAUCGCAGUACAAGGGCAAGAUUUGGAAGAGUAGGAGAUGAAUCACUUUUGGAAGAAAUCCCAAGAAUUCAGAAAGGCAAGGUAUCAAAUGAGGACGCUGCGUGCCAUGACUCGGGCUCGAAAACUACCAACCAGAAGACUGGAAAAUCCUUGAAAGCGAAAGUUUUGCGCAGAGUAUUCUCUGAGGACUACGAGAGGGUGAAGAGCAAUAUCUUCGAUCCGAGAGGCCAAACCAUUCAAAGAUGGAACAGAAUCUUUUUUAUGGCUUGCUUGGUGUCCCUAACUGUGGACCCUCUUUUCUUCUUGGUGCCGUCUGUUGACGGCAACAAUAUGUGCUUAGAAGAUGCAUCGACCCUCAAGAUUUUCGUAACGAUCAUAAGAUCAGUGGUUGAUGCCUUCUACGCAGUUCAGAUUUUCGUGCGCUUCAAAACAGCUUACGUUGCACCCUCUUCCCGGGUUUUCGGUAGAGGAGAACUGGUUAUAGACUCGAAAAAGAUCGCGUUAAGAUACUUGUCCAGAGGCUUUUGGAUCGACAUCUUUGCGGCAAUUCCACUUCCUCAGCUGUUAAUUUGGGCAAUAAUUCCAAACCUCGAGGAUUCAACGAUGGCUCAAAGGAAGAACCACAUCCUGUUCUUUAUCUUCUUCCAGUACCUGCCAAGAUUCUAUCUUACACUUCCACUCCGGUCGGAGAUCAUUAACGCUAGUGGUGGACUAACAGAGACAGCUUGGGGAGGGGCCGCAUACAACUUCAUGCUCUUCAUGUUGGCAAGCCAUGUUGCUGGAGCUUGCUGGUAUCUGCUAGCGAUCGAGCGACAAGAGUUUUGCUGGAGAAGUGUCUGUGAUCAGGAAAAACCACUGUGCAGGUACGAUUUCCUCGAUUGUCGCCAUGUUCAAGACCCAGGAAGGGACACCUGGUAUAAGAUGGCCAAUUUAACAACUCUGUGUACAUACAACAAUCCUAAUACCCCGGUUCAAUGGGGUGUAUACUAUAAUUUCGUGCCCGAAUCAAUCGCCAGCUGCAAAUUCUUCAGCAAGUACUUAUUCUGUUUCUGGUGGGGUCUAAACAACUUGAGCGAUGUUUGUCAGAACCUUGUGCCAGCCACUUAUAUUGGAGAAGAACUUUUCCUUAUCGUGGUCGCGACUACUGGGCUAGUUUUGUUAACACUGCUCAUUGGAAAUAUGCUACGAUACAUCCAAUCUACGACCAUCCGGUUAGAGCAAUGGAGGAUCCACAGAAUAGGCACAGAACAGUGGAUGCAUCAUAGACAUCUACCUCCAGAGCUGAGACAAUCAAUUCGGACGUAUGACCAAUAUAAGUGGGUGACAACUCAAGGCGUUGAUGAACAAGCCCUUCUCCGAGGCCUCCCAAAGGACCUGCGCAGAGCGAUCAAUCGCCAUAUCUGCUUUGAUCUAGUUCGACGUGUGCCACUGUUCAAUCAAAUGGAUGAGAGGACGCUCGAUGCCAUAUGCGAGAGGCUGAAACCUGUCUUGUGCACACAAGACAUGUUCUUAGUAUGCCAAGGUGAUCCGAUACGAGACAUGUUCUUCAUAAUCCGGGGCCAUCUUGAUUCCUGGACGACCAACGGGGGCCACACGGGUUUUAACUCAUGCCGUCUGGGGCCCAGUGACUUCUGCGGUGAGGAACUCCUAACGUGGGCCCUGGACCCGCGGCUGAAUAUUGUCCUGCCCUCGUCCACAUGCAAUGUCAAGGCAGUGAAAGAAGUGGAAGCUUUCUCUCUCGCAGCUGAGGACUUAAAGUUCGUGGCAACGCAAUUCAGAAGCCUACAUAGCAGAGAACUGAGGCACAAGUUCAGGUUCUAUUCGCACCAGUGGCGCACAUGGGCUGCAUGUUUCAUUCAAUCCGCGUGGCGCCGUCAUAAGAAGUUGAAGGAGGAGACCAAGUCAAGAGAGCCCAAGGCUGGUCUGGCGGGUUCGAACGGCAAAUUGACACCUUUGAGGUCAUUCUGGGAUGUGUACGCAAUGGAGCUGAUAGAAAGCACCAGAAGGGAUGAGAAUAAUCAAGCUGGGUCGGCUUCCAAUGUGGUGAAUACAGUGCAAAAGCCGGUGGAUCUGGAUUUUUCGGUAGAAUAUUAGGAAAUGUUGACUGCAAUACUACCAUAAUCAAACUAGGAUUCACCUUGAAACCCUGCACCUUUUGUGCAUAUUAUAGAGCUUGGCUGUAGAUCUCAGUGAUAUGUACUCUCCUUCAGUUUUACCAAACAUUGGUGUACAAUUUUACAUAUAGACUGUUGUUGCUCUCACAAGAACAUUAUGAAAUCUAUCAGAAUCAACAUAGACACGUCACAUGGUGGAUUCAGAUUGAAAA